UCGGUGCUCGUGAUAGGCGGAGGCGGCUUCGUUGGUUACCACCUUACAUCCUACUUCGUCACCAACAAGUCCUUCGCCAAAGUUCAUGUCUUGAGCCGCAAUGCCAAAUCCACUAAGAACAACGUCAAUGGCGCGAUCUACCACAAUGGCGAUAUCACAGAGGAGGACCAAAUUCGGAUAGUUAUUGAGGAAACCAAACCGGCAGUGAUCGUGCACGCCGCUACCCCGUCGCCAGUCACCGGAACGCCUACAGAUUACAAGCAAGUCAACAUCCGAGGGACCGGCAAUCUUCUGCGAUGCGCCAAAGACUCAGAGCACGUCAAAGCAUUCAUCUUUACAUCUUCGUCCACUCUCGCAAAAGGCCCUGAACAUCAUGACCUCAGUGAGGAAUGUAUGCUCGCAAAUGAAGAUCCGAACGCGACACCCUAUGCGCGCUCCAAAGCAACAGCUGAGCUCCGUGUUCUUGGUGCCAAUAACCCGAAGCUCAGAGAAUUUCCAAGCUGGAAAGGACAUCUCGCCACCGCAACCAUACGGCUCCCUAUCGUCUACGGCACAAGAGACAACACAACGAUCCCAGGGUGUUUGAAUGCUCUAUCAAAAGGGCAGACCACCGUGACACUUGGUCCUGGCGACAAUCUUUGGUCCUUCUGUAGCGGAUCUAAUGCAGCGCGGUCACACCUCCUCUUAGCCUCUGCACUUCUGGACCCUACCCCAAAGUCUGAACAUCUCGAAGUGCACGGAGAAGCGUUCAACAUCAACGAUGGCUCGCCAUAUCCAUUCUGGGAAUUUGCAAAAUUGAGCUGGAGGUUUGCAGGCUAUAACCCCUACCCUGCCCCUACUAUGCGCCACAUUCCCGUUUCGCUCGCGCUAGCAUUGUCCUUCUUUCUGGAGUGGGUGUACUGGAUCUUUACCUUGGGUCUACAGAGACCGUAUAAUCUGGGCAAGCAGCAGGUGGAGUAUGCGUGCUUUACGCAUACAUAUAGCAUAGAGAAGGCCAGGAACAGGCUAGAUUACAAGCCCAGAGUAGAUUUCGAGAGGGGUGUGCAGAAGGCUGUGGAGUGGUGUAUUGAA